CGGUGAUCCCGGCGGCGGAGAGGAGAGAAGAGAGCCGCUGGAGUGUCAGAGUCUCCGCUUCCCCUAUCGCUGCCACUGCACCGGGCUCAUCAUCCAGGGAGGAGAACCUCAGAGGCUUGCACUCUAUUCCAGGGACCUUCAUCUCAUUGGCAGGGAAUUCCUUCCUGAGACCCAGGAGCUGGCAGUGCCCACCAUGUCUGCCCAGGGUAAGCUUCUUGCCUAGACUCAGUGGGUGGUGAAUGGGGACUGAGGUAGGUGGGCCAGGCUGGUGAUUCUUCUCCACCAAUCAGAUAAGGGGUGACUCUUAGACUUUGCAGGUGAAGAGGGCACUUCCUCAGCCAAUCCCAUGCUGGCUUAUUGGAAGUCCAAUUUCUUGGCUGUAAUGAACUUUGGAAACUUUUUGGAGUGACGUCAUCACACUGCUGUAGGGAAAGUUUUUGGAGUGACGUCAUCAGGCACACUGCUGUAGGAAAGUUUUUGGUUUUAGUUGGAGGGGCGCAGAGCAGCUUGGUGACCAAAAAACAAAAAAAAAAAUGGAUGGUGCCAAGACCAGGGCAUUGCCCGAGAAGAAGGCAGCCAACUGUAAUGGUUUUACCCCCCCAGAGGAGAAGAAGGGCUCCCCCACCGCCCUGAGCCGCGUAGACCACCGGGGGAGGUCGGGGGUCAGCACACCACCCUUGGAGAGUUGGAGGGAGGAAAGGACGAGAAGUGAAGAAGACAAUGAACUCAACCUUCCUUCAAUUGCAGCAGCCUACAGCACCAUCCUGAGGGCGCUGGGAGAGGACCCUGGGAGGCAGGGGCUGCUGAAGACCCCUUGGAGGGCGGCUACGGCCAUGCAGUUCUUCACCAAGGGCUACCAGGAGACCAUAUCAGACGUCCUGAAUGACGCCAUCUUCGAUGAGGAUCACGACGAGAUGGUGAUCGUGAAGGACAUCGACAUGUUCUCCAUGUGUGAGCACCACUUGGUCCCCUUCAUCGGAAAGGUGCACAUAGGUUAUCUACCCAACAAACAAGUGCUGGGGCUCAGCAAGCUGGCCAGGAUUGUGGAAAUCUACAGCAGGAGACUACAAGUUCAAGAACGCCUUACCAAACAGAUCGCCAUCGCGAUUACAGAAGCCUUACAGCCCGCCGGUGUGGGCGUGGUCAUAGAAGCGAGCCACAUGUGUAUGGUAAUGAGAGGGGUCCAGAAAAUGAACAGCAAGACGGUAACGAGCACCAUGCUGGGCGUCUUCAGGGAGGAUCCGAAAACCCGAGAAGAGUUCCUGACCCUCAUCAAGAGCUGAUCCCCGAGCCGACCCCCCCGUGAUGUGUACUGUAGAGCCGACCCCCCGUGAUGUGUACUGUAGAGCCGACCCCCCGUGAUGUGUACUGUAGAGCCGACCCCCCGUGAUGUGUACUGUAGAGCCGACCCCCCGUGAUGUGUACUGUAGAGCUUGUGCUCCUGGUGGGUUCUGUCCGCCUGCGUCUCGUUAUAUCGUCUCGUCUAUAUCCACUGUUCAGAUGACGUCUCAGAGAAGCCGCCGCCCGUGGUCCGUCCCGUGAUUCCCGUAUUCAUAUCUGACGGACAAUACCCAUCACCUGACCCCUCUCUGGGGUCACAGGCAGAAAUAAACACCUGGCUGAGGUUCUAAUCCCUCACCAUGCCAUCCAAAUCUUAAGCUUUAAAGAGAAAUAUGGGUGAAGGCACCAUUGCUGAUCUCUGAAAAUGCUAGCUGCCUGGCUGUCCCUGUGUGCCUCCUAUAUACAUUCCAGUCUCAUGUCGGUGACAGCCAGGAAACACGCAUUUUCUAGGGAUGCACCGGCACUGGUAUUGGUGCCGAUCGCGAUUAUCAUUACUCGCCCCAAAGGCUCCCGAUACUUUGCAGGGCGAUGUGCGUCAAUGCAAACUGAAGUGGUGCGAAUCGCACUGUAAAGAAAUCGCAUGCAAUGCUUGUGUGUGUAAAUGGGAAGAGCGCCAUCUAGCGGCCAGUUACAUUUUUUUUUUA